CACUCAUGCCUAGUCAUGUUGAGCUUUAAACGUUCUAGAAAGAUCCCAGCUCAUUAUAAGAAAGAAGAAGAAGAAGAAGGUCCGAUUUUUCUCCUUUGGGGUAGAAUAGUUGCUCUUGUAAUGGCGGACAAGGAAACAGAAAUUCCGUUUGGACUUUGCAAAAACGACGCGGAUUUCUUAAAAUACUUUCACACAAGCAUAAAAGAUCUUAGAGGACUAGUUAUAAGUAACAUAGAAUAUUACCAACGUGGAAAAUCAAGCAUCCAUGCUUGCUAUUACGCAUCAUCUUGCAUUUUAUUGGAGAGAACUCAAGUUUUAGAACCACUUGUGAUAGAUAUCGUUCCAAAACUUCAGAAGUAUGAUUUUUCGGAAACAGAACAGGCAAACGGAUAUCGGAGUUUUAUAAGUAUUGUCAACAGAUGCUGUGGACAUUUGCUUCAGUUAUGUCGUCAUAUCAACGUGAACAAGAGCAGCUUACUGUUCAGGUCAUCACAUUACCUCAAAGAGCUGGAAAGCUAUGUCGAAGUUCUUGGCCAGUUAAUGGCAUGUCUUGGUUACCUUCAGAAACUGAUGACAUAUAGUAAAGAUGGAGACUUGUUUCUGGAGAAUGACGAGUCUGUAGGUGAUGACUUACUUAUGGAAGUAGAGAUGCUCAAUACAGAUUGCUUCUAUGGGAGAUGUUUGGGUUUUCAGUUCAGUGAAUCAAUGCAGAAAGUGUUGCAAAUGGUUGUGAUCGCCAUGGCAACAUUUAGUGAAUGUUAUGAGGAAACUUCCCAAGUGAUACAGAUUGCCUCAUCUUUAUUCAACAGUGGCAAAUAUUUUGCUGAUUAUGAUCUGAGAGCAAAACAGGUUGUUGAUAUAACAAGAACUGCAGAUAUAAAGUUUUGCAAGCAAUUUUGGUCAAUAACAGAUUCACCUUUACUACAUCAACUUAGAUCUUUCACGUUUCCUCAUGUAGAGGUGAGUGAGGUUCUCUCCCUUGAACCAGAAAAUUUUGAGCUACCAGCAGUUGAAGGGGAAGAUGACACAGUGACUAUAACUCCGCCCUGUGCCCACACUGGCCCCGCCCCUGUAAAGGUCAGGCUAAUCUCCCAUGCUGUCAGAGAAGGAAUGCAAGUGACGAGAAAAAUGUUCCAGCCAAAAACAGGAAGUGCCAAACCAGCAAUAUUGCCACCUUCUCCAGGCCUUCUGUUCCAUUGUCAUGGUGGUGGUUUUGUGGCACAGUCUUCACAGUCCCAUGAGAAUUACUUACGUGUAUGGGCGAGAAAGUUAGAGAUGCCAAUCCUGUCGGUAGACUAUGCCUUGGCACCUGAUCUUCCAUUUCCAAGAGGGCUUGAAGAAAGUUUUUAUGCGUAUGCCUGGGCCUUGAAAAAUCCAGAAAAAUUAGGUUGGACAGGAGAGCGCAUUUGUUUUGCUGGAGAUAGCGCUGGUGGUAACAUUGUGAUAUCUACAGCACUGCGGGCAGUGUCAUAUCAGAUUCGCAUUCCAGAUGGCAUAAUGGCAGCCUAUGUUCCAAUCUUGGUUCAGUACACCCCGUCUCCAGCUCGCCUUCUGUCUAUGAUUGAUCCUCUCUUACCUGUAGGAAUACUUACAAGAUGUCUUGCAGCAUAUGCUGGCAUAGCUGACAAGUUUGCAAGUGCCAUAGCUGCACCAAUCUUUUGCAAUCCUGGCAAGUUUGAAAACUGGGAGGUUGUGGAUUCUUGUUCAUGUACUGAUGAUACUCUAGAUUCUACUGUUGUUGUAUCAGUCAAUCAAAAACCUGAUAUUAAUCACAAUGGAGAGAAAUCAUCUAAUCAUAAUACAGAUAACAAUGAUGUUAACUUGAAAGCCAAUGACAAUCCUUCCCUUGAAUUGUGUUCAGAUUGUCAUGGUAAAAAUGUCUCAGAAUGUUUGCUCUGUAAACAGACCACAAAACCAAAAGUAUUUCAGUCAAAUGACAGUUCGGAUUCAAAUCCAAGUCAAGGAAAGGAGAAUCUACCGGUCUGCAAAAGUUUAGAGAAUUUGUCAGAGUGUGAAUUUGUGAUCUGUGAUAAAGAAAAAUUAGAAUCUGAUACUGAGAACUACAUAGGAGAAUGUACUGUGAUAUCAGGUUUGAAUCAGUGUGAUAAUUUAUCUGAGAUGGACAGAAAGAUAGAAGAUUCAAAUGAAAUGAAAGGUGAUUUCGAAGUUGUCAUGGAAAAUGAUAAACCUGAGAUUGAAGGAACAAAUCAAACUACAAAUGUUUUAUUAAAAGAGGAUGAUGUUAGAUCUGAAAAAGACUUUGAAGAAAGAAACACUGUUGGUAGCACUAUAAAUGAUAUUUUAGAUGAGAUAGAUUCAAAUCUGGCAAUAGAUGUUCAAGUUGCAAAAUCUAAAGUGCAACCUGAACAUGGAUAUGGUCUGCAAGAAAACAAUGUUGUUGAAAAAACCAUUAAAGAUGUUUUAGAUGAAAUAGAUUCAAAUGUGAAGAUAGAUGUGCUAACUGGAAAACCUGAAAAGGUACCUGAAAAGCAAGAGAGUAAAGAUCCAUCUGAAAUGUAUGCUGUUUGUCAAGAGUUAUUAGAUGUUGGAAAUGAAACAGGUCCAACUAACCUUGAUGAUAUGAGAAGCUUUUUGUGUCAUUCUUUAGAAGAUCUUUUGGAAGAUGAUGAGACUGUAAGUAAAGAGUUCAGUGAAGGUCAUUCAGAAGAUAAGGAAAAUGUUUCAGUUCCAAACAGUAUUGGAAAUAGAUGUCCAAAGCAACAUUCAGUUUCUGACACCAGUGAUAGUGGUAUACAUGGUGAUACAGAUAAUGAAAGUUGCCAUGACAACCAAAGUAUAACUAGCUCUACUUCUAAAGGUGAACCUAAACAAAUGUAUACAAGAAAUAUGAGUCUUGACCUUGCAACAUCAUUUCAUCCUGGGCAGACUUCAGCGAAAUCCUCUCCACACAAGUCAUUAGGGUCGCCAGUAUCUCCACAUUUGUCUCCUGGGAAACGGACAUUUACUCCAAAGUUGUACUCUGUUCAAAGGAAAAUUGCUCAGAGCCCAAUACAGUUGUUUCGCCAUCUACCCAUUGUUAAGAACAUGUACAUGUCUCCUCUGUUAGCACCAGAUGAAGCUCUGAGAAGACUGCCACCUGUUCAUCUGACUGCAUGCCAUUUUGAUCCACUUUUGGAUGACUCAGUCAUGUUCGCCAAGAAGCUUUCUAAACUGGGACGAUCUGUGUCACUGAAAGUGUUUGAUAAUCUGCCACAUGGUUUCCUGAGUUUUUCUGAUGCUAGUGUGGAAGCUAGGCAAGCAUCUAAUUUCUGCUGUGAUAAAAUUAAAGAGGUGCUAGAGAACACCACUAAAUUCUAGAUUUUAUAUUUAUAGACAUUUUUACCAGUGGGUUUGUUGAUUAUUUUCACAUGUUAAAAAGAAAAAAUAAACUAAAGGGAUUGUCACAUCGAAUAUUUUCUAUGAAAAGUGAAUAUUUUACAUGACAUAUACAAAUCUCAAGUUUAUUGAUCAUGCUCUAUGACAUGUCAUUAUUCAGCACAUGUUUGUUACUUUGAAAAAAAAGUCUUUAGAAAUUAGUAUCUAUUGUCAUGUUAUAAAACAUAUAAUAAUUAUUGAAUGGUGUACUAGUCAAUAAUGCAGACUUUUUGACUGUUUUCUGGCCUGCCAAAGACAAAGUUUUCCUGUUGUAGAGUUGUCUUCCUUGUUUAGCUCAAUUCAGCUCAGAAAGUUUCACAGUGAACUUUCCUAAAACGUAAUUCUUCCAUUCUAUUUAUCAGUAGCAGUUGCUGUAUAAGUACUAUUUAAGAAAUAAUUUAUAGCAAAACAGUGCUUUAUCACUUUUUAUACACGAUGGGCGGUUAUACGUCGGGCGUAAUAAUUUCCCGAGGACGCAGCCCGAGUGAAAUUAUUUCAGACGACGUAUAACCGCCAAGUGUAUAAAUAGUGGUAAAGCACUGUUUUGCUAUAAAUUAUUUUGAUUCUAAUAUGUUUUUUAUUUUAAACUUUAUAUCAAAUAUGAUGGAACUGUUUCUUCGCUCAAGCAUGGUGCUUGUUGAAACACAUCAGGACCGGAAACGGUAAUAUGUCUUGCGGCAGAAUUCAGUUCGAGCGAAAAUUAUUGCGAAUUAUUCAGCAAAGCGAAUAACUAAUAAGGUAUGUGUAUAAAUUAAUCAAAACAUUUGUGCAAUGUCACAUUUCGUUUAAAACACGUUAUUAGGUAAAAUAUUUCAUGAAAUUUGAAAGCGCUAUUUCUUGAUGCGUACAUGGCGCUAAAUAUCACGUUGACGUGACGUCAACAUAACAUCGUUGUGAUGAUUAAAGCAUUGUUAGUCAUAUUAGAAUAUUGUUUUUAUUGCAAUUUGAUUUAUAAAUGUCAGCCAAAAUAUUCCCCACCAUUACACAUCUUUCUUUUGAUUAUCCGGAUGCUCAGUGAGAAACUAGGUUUUAUAUACUAUUUUGAAAGACAGUUCCCAUACUCUUUAGGCUAAUAUAAAUUUGGAAUUUCAUGUCUUUGAUUACUUCUUCAGUUCAAGCCCAGUUAUUAGGUAUUGAGGGCUUUUUUCAUUAGCUUGACUAUUCAAAGAAUAGUCCAAGCUGUUGUCGUGUCAGCAUCACACCUUGGUUGAAGUUUUGCAUGCAAGUACGUGUAGCUAUCAUUUCAAGGCAUAUAGCUUUGAAAGUUACAUUUUUCUUUUUCUAGGUCAAUAAUCAACCACACAGGAUCAAGUCCCUUAACUCUGACAUGUAUUUUGGCCAAAUUAUGCCAUCUUUUGGACUUAGAAAAUCCUGGUUUAAGUUCUGCAUGCAAGUUACUACCUCCAAAACUAAUGCAGAUAUUGAUUUGAAACUUUACUUGUGUCUUCAGGGUUAUAAAACUAGAUGAUAGCAUCAAGUUCCAUAACUCUUGACAUGAGUUUUAGCCAAAAUAUGCCCGCUUUAGGACCUAGAAAAUCAUGGUUAAAGUUUUGCAUGCAAGUUACUAUCUUCAAAACUAAUGCAGAUACUGGAUUGAAACUCUAGAUAUUUUAACAUUUAGGGUAAUAUUCCUCCUUCUGGGACAACAGUUUAAAAAUUCGAGCAUUGCCUGUCUUACAGACAACUCUUGUUUAAUUAUAGGCAUAGGAUAAGAUAUCAGUGUGUUGGUCAUUAGUCAUUUCUACAAAACAUAACAUGAGAUAGUCUUUCCAAAAUGAUAUUGUGUUGGUAUUAUUUUUUGCAAAUCAUUUAUGUAUAUAUAAUGCUUGUUUAUUUAUAUAAAUUUUUAUUUUUCUUUGUUUGUUAUGAAUAUAAUUAUAUACUACUGUUUUGUUUUAAAUUCUGUUUAAAUGUAUGUUAAUGAAUGAAGAUUCAGGGUAAAUACUGGGAGAAAUAAGGAAAUUUCAUUAUUAUAGUAGAGCCUAAAAUAAAAUAUCAUUUGUUCUCAUGAACUGCUUGAUAGAUUCAUCAAACUUUGUAGCGUCAGCAUUAUAAGGUCUUUUCCUAAAUCUGUUAAAAUAGGAGUUCUUGGCCUCUCUAGCAGGCUGUCUAGCGUCCCUAAAAUUCCUACUUUUUCCUAUUUUUUUUCAAUUUGGCUAAAAUUCCUAUUUUUUUUAAAAAAAUCAAAGGAAAUUCCUAAAAAGGCCCUAUAUUUCCACAAAAAUUCCUAAUUUUUUAACUUUUUUGCAAUGAUCAAAAAGAGAAAAUGUUUUAAAUGUUGUUUAAAAGUUCUUCUGAUUCAGAAAAAAACAGUUUAGCACAGUUCAAAGCAGUUUACCAGUGGUAGACGUCUUUUCUGUAAAUAAAGCACUAUUUGUGAGUUACUUUUAUGUCAAUCACAUAAAGGUAAGCACAUUACAUGGUCUUUAAAGUCCAUAUUUUAAUUUGAAAAUUCCUAAAUUUAGCCCUAAAAUUUCCUUAAAAUUGUACCAAAUUCCUAAUUUUAGCCCUAUUUUUUUGUACAAAUUGCCCUAAAAUUAGCCCUAAUUUUUUGUCAGGGUAUGCUAGACAGCCUGCUCUAGCUAAAAAUGUAAAUACAUUUGAACAACAUUUUUUCAUGAACUGCCUAAUGGGGUAUCAUUAUAAAGUCCACUCUUCAUUUGUUUUUUCAAAUAGGGGCACAUUGCCCAUUUUGGGGGCAACUAGAGCUGAAAAUAGAAGUACCUUCAUAUGAGUUUUCUCUUGGACAGCUUGGCCCAUAGCAUCCUUGUCAGGUCCUCUCUCAGAUUGUUUCAUAUGGGGGCUCUUCACCUGUUUUAUGUUCUUUAUUGUAAACACAAUAGUUGUCAUUUGUGAUUCGUUCUCUUUCAUACAUUUAAGAAUCUGAGUUAAUUAGGGCCUCUAAGAGCAGUCACUGAAACUGUAGGUUUGUUUCUAGGCAAAUUUUAUUUUUAAGUUUAGGAUGAAAGCAAAUUCAUUGUAGGAGUUUUCAGGACAGCAUGAACAUAUGUGUAUGAUGUUAAACACUUAACAUGCUGGACACAAUUGAUUCUGCCUUCGCGACCAGUGCAGAUCUUGAUCAGCCUGCAUAUCUGUUCAGUCUGAUCAAGAUCUGCAUUGUUCGCCAUUCAAUCAGUAUCUUCUUGAUAAGCACUCUGUUUAACAGUCAAUGGUACUGUCCAAAUUGAAAGAUGUACAAGCUCAUUAUAGAAAUUUGGCAGGGUAAAGGUUAAGCUCCCAGGUAAAACUAAUAUUGCAAAUUAAGCAUGUCGGUAAUGAGUUGUUAAAUUUUGUUGUUAGUGAAAUGUUGAUUCUUCUCUUGUUGACCAGCUUUGCUUUCAUAUACAUAAGUAAAAAUGAUAAUGAUUUCUGUUUCAUUCAUAUGUAAAGAAUUAAAACAGUCACCUUCCUUUUUUAGAAUUCUGCUUUGUCUUUUACGUGUCUCACAGUCUGUUAAAUAUUUUGAACUGUUGAGUAACUAAUGCAAUCUAAAAUUAUGUUGCAAAUUAAAUAAAGCCUAGAACUAUAAGUAUUUGAACAUCUUAUUUUCUUUAAAAUAUUUCUAAAAGUUGUAAUUAUGCAUGUGUUUGUAUACCAUUCCACAGUAUUGCUGCACUAGUCCUGUUACAGUUAUACUUGUAAUUUAGGAUUACAUUUAUCACAAAAGCCUCUUGAAAGGCAGUUUGCAAGGGGAUAUGCAUUGAAACAACAUUAAAAAGUUUAGAAAAUCCUUUAUAUUUAUAUGCAUUCUUUAUUAAAGUUUAAUUAUAACAGUUUUAAUUAUAACAUUGGGCGAUAUAUGACCAUUUUGUGUCGAUUCGCCGUAAAACCCAACUCACUUAAUUAUAACAUACUUUAAUUAAUCAAAACCCAGAAAUCACUGUAAUAUGCAGUUAUUCCCAGUUUCAGCAAAAAAGUUAAGAAAAUCCUUACAUGCUUUCCAGUUUUGAUUGUAGCCUAAUUUUCAAGUACCUUCCUCAUGUGAUAAACAAACUCAAGAAUUAUACAUUAUAAGAUAACACUGUCGCGAGAUUCAUAUGACAUAAAAAUCUUGUAUACAGUUUAACGCUGAUUGUGUUCUUUAAAUGUACGUCAAGUUAAGCUAGGGAAAUUGUAAUGAUUAUAGCUGUACUGAAUUGAAUAAACCUCUACAGUUUGAAGACAAUGGAAUGUUGGGAUGUUAUCAUAAGGAACAGAAGAUCGGAUUUGCCAGUUUUAGAAUUAUAGUUUGUAGGGUUGUAAACCUUCACUUAAAUAUCUGUUGGUUCAAAUAAUUGUUGUUUUUUGGAUUAGAAAAAAGUCAGUUUGAAAAAAGAGAAUUGUACAUGAUUGUAUUUAUUUAUGCUUUGGCAGUGGUUUAAUCUGUUUGGUAAACAUGUACAUUGUUUUGUUUUACUUUAGUAUGAUUUUAAGAAAUGCAUGUGACAUUAAGUGCUUUAAUAUUUUAAUGACUUCAAUUGUCAUGGUAUAGUAUUUUCUCCAGGGAGGAAUUUUGAUCUGAUUUUGAAAAAAAAAAUACUACUUUAUUCUAAUUGUUUCUGUUUUGUUUUUUAAAUCCAAGAGAAGGGUAUCUUAUUUACACCAUUUCCACUAUUAUUUUUUCUUUCUAAAACUAUCAACAGGAUUUUAUUCUUCUUCUUCUUCUUCCAAUACAGUACAAAAUCCCCUCUGGGGCAUCGUCGUACAAUUUAGGUUAAAAUGGAGGAAAGUUGUUUCAAAUUGUAUUGUUCAAAUAUUUAAAGUAACUUUUGAAAUCAUGUUUAUUGCAUUAUUUGUCAAUAUAUGUAUGGCUUUCCUGUGUUCUUUUGAUGAAAUGAUAUCAGUAUUUCAUUAAAAUUUACAAACUU